ACCGACCUGUUAACUGCGAUUCGGGUCAAACCUUCCUCUUCAUAUGAAGAGAUUCCGCAAACGCAAAGGGGAAAGGAAGAGAGAGAGAGAAAUGGGUGUGAUCCAGGUAGCAUUGUUGUGCUUCGUUGUUGGAAUUUUGGGGGCGAAGGCUGAGCAGUUGAGCACGAAAGAGUGUGAAAAUCUCGGGUUUACGGGUCUAGCUUUAUGCUCCGAUUGUAGAACUCUUGCUGAGUAUGUCAAAGAUCAAGAGUUGGUGUCUGAAUGUUUGAACUGCUGCACAGAAGACUCUGAUGAUGCCAUGAGUAAGGUUGUUUAUUCUGGAGCAGUUUUGGAAGUCUGCAUGAGAAAACUAGUUUUCUACCCCGAAGUCGUUGGGUUCAUUGAAGAAGAGAAGGACCAAUUCCCUUUUGUAAAAAUUCAAUAUGCAUUUAAUUCUCCACCAAAGUUGAUCAUGUUGGAUGAUCACGGAGAACACAAGGAAACCAUUAGAAUUGAUAACUGGAAACGCGAGCACAUAUUGCAGUUCUUGAAAGAGAAGGUUAAGCCAUCAUCGGAUAUCUAAUGUGGCUGGUAGUCUAGUCCCGUUCUGAUCAAGAGCAGUGUUAAGUAUGGGCUUUUCUUCAACCUGCAUCUAGUUUCAGAAAGCUCCAGUUCCCCACUUAUUGUUUUUAAGAGACCGUGACCUGAAAUUAAUAGCAACACACAAGUUUAAAGGCUAUUUCCAUUUACAAAACAUGCACUGGAUCCUUGUUUUUUUACAUGCUUGACGUAUCAUUUGAUUUCGUCAUUCCUGCUCUUUUUUUUCCUUAAAUUUUCUGUCUCACACUUUAA